AUGCUCGCACCCGUCGCCUUCCGCACCGCCGUCAGGUCCAAGGCCGCCCCCUCGGCCGUCGGCUCCCUCUUUGUCUCUGCUCGCCAGUUCAAGAGCACCUGGGCGCACGUCCAGGGCGGUCCCCCGGACCCCAUUCUCGGCGUCACCGAGGCCUUCAAGCGCGACCAGGACCCGCGCAAGAUCAACCUGGGCGUCGGCGCCUACCGUGAUGAGAACGGCAAGCCUUACGUCCUGCCCUCGGUCCGCAAGGCCGAGGAGCUGAUUGUCGGCGCCAAGGGCGACAAGGAGUACCUCCCCAUCACGGGCCUCGCCGACUUUACCAAGAACGCUGCCAUCCUCGCCUACGGCAAGGACAGCGCACCCGUCAAGGAGAACCGCAUCGCCAUCACCCAGUCUAUCUCGGGCACCGGCGCCCUCCGCAUCGGCGGUGCCUUCCUCCAGCGCCACUACCCCGACGCCAAGACCAUCUACCUCCCCACCCCCUCGUGGGGCAACCACACGCCCAUCUUCCGCGACUCGGGCCUCGAGGUCAAGCAGUACCGCUACUACGACAAGAAGACGGUCGGCCUCGACUUCCAGGGCAUGCUCGACGACAUCAAGGCCGCCCCCGCCAAGUCCAUCAUCCUCCUCCACGCCUGCGCCCACAACCCGACCGGCGUCGACCCCACCCAGGAGCAGUGGAAGCAGAUCAGCGACGUGCUCAAGGAAAAGGAGCACUUCCCCUUCUUUGACAUGGCCUACCAGGGCUUUGCCAGCGGCGACAUCGACCGCGACGCAUUUGCCGUCCGUUACUUUGUCGAGCAGGGCCACCAGAUCGCCCUCUCGCAGUCCUUUGCCAAGAACAUGGGUCUCUACGGCGAGCGUGUCGGCGCCUUCUCCCUCGUGACGGCCAACCCCGACGAAAAGGCCCGCGUCGACAGCCAGAUCAAGAUCAUCGUCCGCCCCAUGUACUCGAACCCGCCCGUCCACGGCGCCAAGAUCGCCGGCUCUAUCCUGGCCGACCAGGCCCUCUACCAGCAGUGGCUCGGUGAGGUCAAGGGCAUGGCCGACCGCAUCAACGGCAUGCGAUCCACGCUCAAGAACCUGCUCGUCAACGACCUCAACUCCAAGCUCAACUGGGACCACAUCACCAACCAGAUCGGCAUGUUUGCGUUCCUCGGAAUCUCGCCCGAGCAGGUCGCCAAGCUCUGCAACGAGCACCACGUCUACCUCACUGGCGACGGCCGCAUCUCGGUCGCCGGCAUCACCAACCACAACGUCCAGCAUCUUGCCGAGUCGCUCCACAAGGUGACCAGCGCCUAA